CUGGGCACCCACUGUCCAUUGCUGUUGCCUGAGUGGACUAUAAAUUCACUAGAGGCUGGUAUUUUCUGUGAGUGGUCUCUGAUCACCAGCUGUCUGGCACCAACACAGCCUGCUGCAAGAACCGGCUCAGGAGAAAUGGAAAACCUGCUGAAGCUGUGUCUCUUCUUUCUCUGCUUUGAAACCGCUCUCACUUUACAGUGUGUACUGUGUCCAUCUUACAAAAAUGGGGAGUGUGUUAAUGGGAAUCAGACAUGCACUGCACGACCUGGCGAAACUUGUAUGAUCCGCAGAAUCUGGAAUUCAAUUGAAUAUGGUAAACUGAAAAGUGCGGAGUUGGGGUGUACGGAAUUCUGUGAGUUUGAUGAAAAAUAUUCGGGAGGUGAAACAAUACAUACAUACUGCUGCGAUUAUGACGACUUCUGCAACAGCAUUGAUUUACCAAUAGUGAUGACUUAGUGUGAGCUAGUUUCAGGUGGACCCAUCUGUCAUUUCCUUUCCUCCCUGUCUUUCUUUUCUUCCCUUGGGUUUAAUUUUUUUCUGGACUGGAGAUUUUUCUAAGCCUCACAAUUGUGCAAGAAAUGCACAGAACCUUGGUACUGUGAAAGUAUAUCUAAUUAUAUCACUUAAUUCUUAUUCCUAAUAUGCCCUAGCCCUCAUCACCAUGAAUAUAACUGACACAUGGUUUUCAUCAAUGCAUUUAUCGCCUCAGUGUGGAUGGACAAGACAGAUGAAUAGAUAAAAGAACCGUAGAGGAUGAAGAAGCUGAGUAUCCUUUGUACAACAUGUGCUUUAGGAACUUGCUUAGUUCUCAUCAUUGUGACUUACACUUCCAGAGAACAAUUCAAAGGGAAAUGUUGAUGUGGAUCCUUGUUUCAGUCUUUCAUUGUCUUGCUCCAUUACAUGGGCCUAUGGUAAAGCUAAACAGCAAAGGCCAUGGCAUACCAAAACUGCUCACCUCAUGGUGUUCAGGAAGAAACAAGACAGAGAGAGGACUGUGGCAAGAUAAGGAUUUCAAGAAGUACACUCAGUGGCCCCCUCUCACUAUGCAGGCCCCACAGCUGAGAAGGAAGACAUCUGGAUGACUUUGUUCCCAUGAAUGAGAAAAUGACAACUAAAAGAUCAUAGUGCCAACUUUCACCCAGUGAAGAAAAUCUCUACCUGAUGUUUCUGUUAUAUUGCAGCCAGAAAAUAAAUCCACCAAAUGUUUCCUCUUCUUUGAAAGUUGUUCUUUCUGAACAUGUAGAAUCAUGGGUGAAAAUGGUGUUGACUCUCAUCUGUUUUAGGAAGGUACUACUCCACCAUGUUGCCUUUGUAUCAUUAAGAGGGAAAUUUAUUUGUAAGCCCUCACUCCCUGUCCCAUCUAAGCCCAGGCUCCUUAUGAUUACACUUUAGUCCCAAUUUAAUCAGAUUUCUUCUCUAUGUGCAUGAUAUACACAUAAAUCAGUAAGUCAUCAACCUGUUAGUUUAGUUUAAAAAUAAAUCCUAAGAGGAUUUAUUAAACAAUUAUUAGCCACAACCAUUUUCCCUUUAUUAAUUGCAUAUAUUGUCAGCAUCAUGGGUGGAAAAGGGAAAAGUGUCUGUGGAGUGCUUAGUCAGAUAUGGAAUAUCUAGGCCACAUAUCUCCCAUGCAGAGCUCAGUUGUACCACAGGAAAGAGGGAAGAAACAUUGAAGGCAUUAGAAAUGGUGUAGGCCUGGGGAAGAACUGUUUCCUGGAUAUGACAGGGUCUUUGCACUCAUGGACUGAUAGCAGCUGUGGUUCCCUACACAAGAUCUGCACAAGAUCAAGCUAGUCAGCACUCCAGCAUGGAUGAGGUGGAGGGACAUCAUUUCCUACCCUUAGCUGAGGGGCUACUGACAGUUAAUGGCUUUAAGGGAAACAGAAUCAGUUUUCUUCAGAGGUUUGGUCCUUGGUAGAUUGGCCAUGCUCUGAUAGAUGUCCCCAUAACCAUGUUUGUUUGAACAGCACUAAUUUGAUUCAGUGGUUUGGUCUUUUUUAAUGCCAUGAAGUAGGUAGCAUGGAGAGGAUCUAGAAAGGACUGGAGGGAAGAAUGAAUGAUGUGACUGUGACCAAAUAAUUUGUAUGCAUGAAUGAAAUUCUCAAAGAAUAACUAAAAUUUAUUCAUCAUAUUUGUUUAAAAAUGAACAACAUAUAAUAUGCUACUUAAAACUCUGUCUU